UAUCUUGUCGUUAAAAAAAUGUACACAAGCCUUAAUUAAUUUUUUAUUAAUAUUUUAAUAAUAAUUGUUUGAAAGAACAAGUUUUAAUAUAAACAAAACAAAGUAAAUAAAAAAUUAACAAACAUCAAUAAACAAUAAAUUUAAGAUGAAUGUACUUAUGAGAUCAGUUCAUCGUAAUGUCACACGUUUAUUGCCAAUAUUACCAAAAAAUAAUGAGAUGAAUUUAAGUCAUGGAUUUCAUUCAUUAAAUACAAAUUUAAUAAGUAAAUUAAAUCAAUUAAAUAAUAAUAGCAGUGUUAAAAGCUUAUUACAACCAAGUCAAACAUAUUUAAAUUUAUCAUGUGGAUUAAAAGUUGUUGGUAAAUUACAACGUCGUUGUAAAGAUUGUUAUUUUUAUGCUGCAAAAGGAAGAUGGCAUAUUGGAUGUAAAACUCAUCCAAGACAUAAACAAGCACAACGACAAAAAGCUGAAAGAAAUACUUGGAUAUUAACAUCAGUUUGUCAACAUCCAAAAAGACCAUGGUGGUAGUAUUUUUAACAUAAAUAAUUACAUCAAUUUUGUGUUAUUAUUACUAAAAUUAUUAUUCAUCAAUUAAAGUAUAAAAUUUAGUAUAUUCAAAUUGACAAUUAUUUUUUUUUAUUUACUCAUUUCCUUUAUUAUUAAUUUUUUUUAUUUACCAUUCAGGUAAUGGUAAAGUGUAGCUUACAAUUGUGUCGAUAUUUUCGGAUUUUAAACAUACUUCUUUCCAUUUAUCAUAAGUGCUUUCAUUAUUGCUCCAAGCCUUGAUGAAAAAAAUUAAUUAAAAAAGUCUCUUAUCAUGAGUUGAUAUUUAAAAUAAUAUUUAUUACCUUUUCAAGAUGUUCAGCCCAAUUGUAUAUUAAUUUUAUUCCCAUUUUAAUUGAAUAAAUUUUAGCUUGAUUAAGAUAUUUCAUACCCUCUUUAUGAUUAAAAUUUGCAAGAUGAUAGUAUGCUUUUAAUAGACUAUAUCUAACAAUAAAAUUCAGCAUAUUAAUUACGUUAUUUAAUUGAUCAAAGAAUAAAUAUUAACAAACCUAGCAAGUGUAAUUUUUAAAAUAUGUUUUCUUUUAUUAAUUAAUUUAAAAUCUUGUUGAAUAACAUCAAGUAUACUUUUCAUUGGUUUUUUUUUAAAUUGAUUAUAAACACGACACACUUAAAAAAAUUAUAAAAUUUAAUUAAAUUGAUAAUAAUAAUUAUUUAUAUUUAAAUUACCAUAGUAUAUAAUAUGUCCUUCAAGAUUUUUUAAAACAGUUAUUGAAGCAGCAACUGUUAAAUCAUUAACUGGAUAAGUUAUACUUGUUUUGCGAUUUUUCCAAAUUGUUGCUGCAUCCCAUUUAUUCAUUCUGAUACACCUGUUAAUUUAAAUUAUUUAAAUUAUACAAGUAAAUUUUUAUUUAUAUUAUUACCAAAGCCACAUUGAUGUAAAAUAACGUUUUUCUGCUUCUGGAUCUAAUAGAUCAAUCAUCGUAUUACCUUCUUCAAGAUAAUACUGUUCACAUUUUUCAAAUGAUAAUAUUGUUAUACCUGCUUCAAGUUGUAAAUCAAUACAAAAUGCAUAAUACCAAGUACGUCCAGAUUUAUCAAUAUCAACAUCAGCAAGUGAGCCUAAUUAUUUUAUACAAUUAUUUAUGUUUUUUUAGUAAUAAUUUUUAAUAUAAUAAUAGCUUACUCACGUAAUUCUUUAAGUAAUUCAAUGACUUUUGAAUAUUGACAUUUAAUAAUUAAUAAUUGUAUUAUUCGUGCUAAUAUAAUAAUUUCUUGUGUUAUUGAUUUAACAUUAGAUGAUAAUUUACGUGAUAUUAAACCAAUUGAAUAUGCAUCCUCAAUAUUACCACGUAAAAAACGUGAAAAAAAUAUAUUUUUAUAUAAAUGUA